GACCUGGGCAACGUGGAGCUCCCCCGGGCCCGGCCCGACCUGGAGGCAGGUAAACAGCUGCCUCGCAUCUUCGCCGACAUCCCGUCUCACCUGGUGGGCGUCCCCCUGGAGGACAUCGACCCGUACUACUUCAGAGACAAGAGGACGUUUAUAGUCCUGAACAAAGGCAAGGCCAUCUUCCGUUUCAGCGCCACCUCCGCUCUCUACAGCUUCAGCCCGUUCCAUCCGGUCCGCAGGAUCGCCAUCAAGAUCCUGGUCCACUCUUUAUUCAGUCUGUUCAUCAUGUGCACCAUCCUGACCAACUGCUGCUUCAUGGCCAUGUCGGAACCGGCCUACUGGGCCAAAUACCUGGAGUACACCUUCACAGGUAUCUACACCUUCGAGUCGCUCAUUAAGAUCCUGGCCAGAGGGUUCUGUGUGGGCCCCUUCACCUUCCUGAGGGACCCCUGGAACUGGCUGGACUUCAGCGUCAUCGUCAUGGCAUAUGUCACUGAAUUUGUGGACCUGGGUAAUGUGUCAGCCUUAAGGACGUUCAGGGUGCUGCGAGCGCUCAAAACCAUCUCAGUCAUCCCAGGCCUGAAGACCAUCGUGGGCGCUCUGAUCCAGUCGGUAAAGAAGCUGGCUGACGUGAUGAUCCUCACGGUGUUCUGCCUGAGCGUCUUCGCCCUCAUCGGUCUGCAGCUCUUCAUGGGAAACCUGCGGCAGAAAUGCGUCCGCAGCACGGAGCACUGCAUCAACGGCAGCCUGCCGUCCAACACGUCCUUCUACUGCAACAACAAGACCUGGGCCUCCAUCAAGGACUUCACUGAAGACGAAGAUAAUUUCUACAAGGUGGAAGGAGCCAAAGAUGCCUUAAUCUGUGGGAACAGCAGUGACGCUGGAAAAUGUCCCGAUGGAUURGACUGUCUGAAAACAGGAAGAAACCCAAACUAUGGGUACACCAGCUUUGACACCUUUGGGUGGGCCUUUCUCUCACUGUUUCGUCUGAUGACACAAGACUACUGGGAGAACCUCUACCAUCAGACGCUUCGGUCAGCAGGAAAGACCUACAUGGUGUUCUUUGUGGUGGUCAUCUUCCUGGGCUCCUUCUACCUGAUCAACCUGAUCUUGGCUGUGGUGGCCAUGGCCUACGAGGAGCAGAACCAGGCCACCAUCGCCGAGGCGUGUCAGAAGGAGCGAGAGUUCCAGCAGGCGAUGGAGAGGCUGAAGAAAGAGCAGCAGCUUGCAGCKCAGAAAACCCUCGACUCAGACUCUUUGGCGUCACCGGACCUAUCACCUCUCGGCCCCCCUUUGGACAGCUCAGAGGAGCGGAGGCGGAGCCAAGCGCUGAUGGGUGUGGCUGACGUGGAGGGUAAUCUAUCAGAGGAGAAGCUGCUGCAGGUGGACAUGUUGGACGGGGGAAAGCCCCUCCACCCUCUCCUCGCUCGCUCCUUCUCCACGAGGACUCGGCGAAGCAGUCAGGUGUCCUCCAUCUUUAACUUCCGCCUGAGAAGCCGGGGCUCGGAAGGAGAGAUGGCCGACGAUGAAUUCAGUGUUCCUGGUGACGUUGUGGAAGGUGUCGGUGGGCGGACGUACAGCGGGGGGACRUUCAGUGGAAUCCUGGCCAACCCUUGGCCUAAACGGAGAUCGAGCACCUACAGCAACGCCAGCAGGAACUCCCAGGUGUUUUAUCCAACUCUGAACAUCAACGGGAAGCUGUUCGUCUCCAUGGACCAGAACGGGCUUUCCCCCCCGCCGCUGCAGGGGCAGCUGCCGGCCUGCACCAUGGAGAAGGUCAAGGAGGAGAGUGUCCCCACGUCCACCACAGAGCUCAGCACCAUGCUGCUGCCUCGGCCCUCGUCCACUCAGGGCUCGGAGCGAAGGGGGCGGGCUCUGAGCGCUGCCAGCUACCUGACGGACGCCAUGGAAGAACUGGAGGAGGCCCAUAAGAAGUGCCACCCCUGCUGGUACGUCUUCGCCCACCGGUACCUGGUGUGGGAGUGCUGCCCCUUCUGGCUGAGGGUGAAGCAGCUGGUGAAGAUCAUGGUGAUGGACCCCUUCCUGGACCUCGCCAUCACCGUCUGCAUCGUCCUCAACACCCUGUUCAUGGCCAUGGAGCAUUACCCCAUGACUGAGGAGUUCAACGGCAUGCUGACCUUCGGAAACCUGGUCUUCUCGGGGAUCUUCACAGCCGAGAUGGUUCUGAAGAUCAUCGCUCUGGACCCGUACUACUACUUCCAAACGGGCUGGAACAUCUUCGACAGCAUCAUCGUGUGCCUGAGCCUGAUGGAGCUGGGCCUGUCGGACGUGGAYGGCCUGAGCGUGCUGCGCUCCUUCAGGCUGCUGCGAGUGUUUAAACUGGCUCGCUCCUGGCCGACCCUCAACACCCUCAUCAAGAUCAUCGGGAACUCCAUGGGUGCUCUGGGCAACCUGACGCUCGUCCUGGCCAUCAUCGUCUUCAUCUUCGCCGUGGUGGGCAUGCAGCUGUUCGGGAAGAACUACCAGGAGUGCACCUGUAAGAUCUCCAAGGACUGCUCCCUCCCUCGCUGGCACAUGAAGGACUUCUUCCACUCCUUCCUGAUCGUCUUCAGGGUCCUGUGUGGGGAGUGGAUCGAGACCAUGUGGGACUGCAUGGAGGUGGCGGGACAGCCGCUCUGCAUCCUGGUCUUCAUGCUGGUCAUGGUCAUCGGCAACCUGGUGCUGUUGAACCUCUUCCUGGCUCUGCUCCUCAGCAGUUUCAGCUCCGACAACCUGUCYGCUCCAGACGACGACGGAGAGAUGAACAACCUGCACAUCGCCAUCCACCGGAUCACCAGAGGACUGGCCUGGUGCCGCCGACAGGUGGUGGACUUCUUCAACGGCAACCUGAAGCGCCGGCGCCAGAAACGCAAAGAAGCCAAAGCCAUGAUGAAGCUGAAACGUCUGAGUUCCAUACACACCGAGGCCAACGGAGCCGUCAUCGGCCGUCACGUGGAGAAGUACGUGGUGCCGGAGGACGACAGCUACAUGACCAACCCCAACCUGACCAUCAGCGUGCCCAUCGCCCCCGGAGAGUCGGACGUGGAGUUCCCCGAGGAAGAGGAGGAGGAGGAGGAGGAGGGGGGAGGGGAGGAGCAGAGCGAGGGGUCUGAGGGAGACGAGGAGAGGGAGGAGGAGCAGAAAGAUGACAUCAGCCUAUCAGAGGGCAGCACCGUGGACCUGAGGAAGCCCGGCGAGGAAGAGGACGAGUUCUCAGAGCUGGCUGAGGAGGCCAUGGACCCUGACAACUGCUUCCCUGACGUGUGCGUGGCCCGGUUUCAGUGCUGCGACAUCGACACCACGGCGGGUUUGGGUCAGAUGUGGUGGAAGAUGAGGAAGACCUGUUACCAGAUCGUGGAGCACAGCUGGUUCGAGUCCUUCAUCAUCUUCAUGAUCCUCCUCAGCUCUGGAGCUCUGGCCUUUGAGGACAUCUACAUCGAGCAGAGGAGGGUGGUUAAAGUGGUCCUGGAGUUCUCAGACAAGAUCUUCACCUACAUCUUCAUCCUGGAGAUGAUGCUGAAGUGGCUGGCCUACGGCUUCAAGAAGUACUUCACCAACUACUGGUGCUGGCUCGACUUCCUCAUCGUCGACGUUUCAUUGAUCAGUUUGGUGGCCAACACCUUGGGUUAUUCAGACUUAGCAGCCAUCAAAUCCCUGCGCACGCUGCGGGCCCUGCGGCCCCUCAGAGCCCUGUCCAGAUUUGAAGGCAUGAGGGUGGUGGUCAACGCUCUGAUCGGGGCGAUCCCCUCCAUCAUGAACGUGCUGCUGGUCUGUCUCAUCUUCUGGCUCAUCUUCAGCAUCAUGGGCGUGAACCUGUUCGCGGGGAAGUUCGGCCGCUGCGUGAACCGGACCGGCUUCGUGUACGACGCCUCCUUCAUCAACAACAAGUCGCAGUGCCUGGAGCUGAACGACACCUCGCUGUACUACUGGAGCAAAGUCAAGGUGAACUUCGACAACGUUGGAGCAGGAUACCUGUCGCUGCUGCAAGUGGCGACCUUUAAAGGCUGGAUGGACAUCAUGUACGCAGCUGUUGACUCCAGAGCUGUUGAGGAGCAGCCCAUCAAAGAGAUCAAUCUCUACAUGUACCUGUACUUUGUCAUCUUCAUCAUCUUCGGCUCCUUCUUCACCCUCAACCUCUUCAUCGGAGUCAUCAUCGACAACUUCAACCAACAGAAACGAAAGUUAGGAGGACAGGACAUCUUCAUGACAGAGGAACAGAAGAAAUAUUACAACGCCAUGAAGAAACUGGGCUCCAAGAAACCUCAGAAGCCCAUCCCAAGACCUCUGAACCCUCUGCAGGGCUUCUUCUUCGACCUGGUUGGGAAGCAGGCCUUCGACAUCAUCAUCAUGGUUCUGAUCCUCUUCAACAUGAUCACCAUGAUGGUGGAGACGGACGAGCAGUCGGCCCGCAUGGAGAAGAUCCUUUACUACAUCAACCUGGCCUUCAUCGUGGUCUUCACCACCGAGUGCAUCAUCAAGAUCAUGGCGCUGCGCUGCUACUUCUUCACCGUGGGCUGGAACAUCUUCGACUUCGUGGUGGUCAUCCUCUCCAUCGUGGGGAUCGUUCUGGCUGAUAUCAUUGAGAAGUACUUUGUGUCGCCCACCCUGUUCCGAGUGAUCCGAUUGGCCAGAAUCGGACGGAUCCUGCGCCUCAUCAGAGGUGCGAAGGGCAUCCGGACGUUACUGUUUGCCCUCAUGAUGUCACUUCCUGCCCUCUUCAACAUCGGACUCCUCCUCUUCCUGGUCAUGUUCAUCUACGCCAUCUUUGGCAUGGCUAACUUUGCCUACGUGAAGCGGCAGGCGGGGAUCGACGACAUGUUUAACUUCGAGACGUUCGGGAACAGCAUGAUCUGCCUGUUCCAGAUCACCACCUCUGCAGGGUGGGACAGUCUGCUCAGCCCCAUCCUCAACAACUCCCCCGAGGAGUGCGAUGCCAACCUCCCCCACACCGGCACCACCGUCAGAGGGAACUGUGGGAACCCCUCGGUGGGCAUCACCUUCUUCGUCACCUACAUCAUCAUCUCCUUCCUCAUCGUGGUCAACAUGUACAUCGCUAUCAUUCUGGAGAACUUCAGCGUGGCCACGGAGGAGAGCACAGAGCCGCUGAGCGAGGARGACUUCGAGAUGUUCUACGAGGUUUGGGAGAAGUUUGACCCAGAAGCCACGCAGUUCAUCGAGUACUCCAAACUGUCGGACUUUGCAGACUCACUACUGGAGCCGCUGCGCAUCGCCAAACCCAACAAGAUCAAACUGAUCUCCAUGGACCUUCCCAUGGUCAGUGGAGACAAAAUCCACUGCCUGGACAUCCUCUUCGCCUUCACCAAGCGUGUUCUGGGCGAGUCGGGGGAGAUGGACGCCCUCAAGCAGCAGAUGGAGGAGAAGUUCAUGAUCUCCAACCCAUCCAAGAUCUCCUACGAGCCCAUCACCACAACUCUGAGGCGCAAACAGGAAGAGGUCUCUGCCACCAUCAUCCAGAGGUGCUACCGCAGACACCUGGUGAGGCGGCAGGUGAAGGCCGCCUCCUACAUGUACCGGCAGAUCGCCACYCCUCGACACGCAGCCGGCGAAGGCCAGGACGUCGAUGAGGCCAUAUUUGGAGACGACGCACCUGAGAAGGAYGGACUGAUCGCCACCAUGAUGAAGGAAAACUACGGCUCCAGUUUGUUGGGCAGGGAGCGCUCCGGGACCGUUUCCUCCACCUCAUCUCCACCAUCCUACGACAGCGUGACCCGAGUCACAUCGGAAAACUUCAACCCACUCGCUGUGAAGACAGAAACGGUUGAGACGGCAGGUGGGGACGUGAGACAACAAUCACCACCUGCUGUCCAACCCAACAGAGAGUCUCCACCAAUGGUCCAACCCAACAGAGAGUCUCCACCAAUGGUCCAACCCAACAGAGAGUCUCCACCAAUGGUCCANCAACAGAGAGUCUCCACCAAUGGUCCAACCCAACAGAGAGUCUCCACCAAUGGUCCAACCCAACAGAGAGUCUCCACCAAUGGUCCAACCCAACACAAAGAUGGAAACAGAACCAUAACAGGAACCAAACACAAUCAGAUCCAAGCUGGUUUGGAGUAAAGGAAGUCUUUUUGUUCUGUUUACUGAAUGUAUCACAGCUGACAGACAGAAAGAAGCUCUGAGCAAAAAUCUACAGGAGAAGAUGAAUGAAGGACAGAAAAAGAAGAAUAUUUAGAUCUUUAAUGUUGUUUUCUUUCCCCAUGGAGACUGGUGGACUCAGAGGAGAACUGCUGAUGGGUUUUAAAGAAACAUAAAGUAAAACACAGAGGAGGGAACCUGCCUUUUGUUGGAACAACAAAACAUGAGGAGGAACUUCAGUUGGUUUGAUCCAACCAGCUGAUCUUAGACCUGGUCUGAGGAACUGUAUCAUCGUUAAGUACUGGUCUGGGGGGUCUGUUCCUCCCCUCAGAUUAUUAAUCUCUGUUUUCUUGGCUUUAAGGGCGACGGUUUUCCUGGUCAAGUUUCUCGACACCUUUCUGAGACAGAGAGAAGGGCAACGCUAUUUAAAACCAUUUUGGUAGUAAAAGUGUAAAAUUGUUGAUGUUACAAGUCUUUUAAUAUUGCUACACUUAUUACAGUUUUUAUAUUUUCUAGAGUAAGAUGAAAAACUAAGCAGUUCCUCCUGACUUUGAGUGGCACAAGGUAAUAAAGCUGAGGGGAGUUGGUGCCGUCAACUAAAAAUAACGUCAUCUUUUUUCUUCUUUCUUUGCAUUUUUUGCACUUUUUUGUUUACAUUUUGCUGACACUUUACUGCACCUGGCCAAAGGUGUGCUGAGAAAGGGAUGUUUCUUUUGCUUUUGCUGGAACACCAAAAACUACUUCAAGUGCACAAUGAGAUUUUUUACACAGAUCCAA